AUGCAGCUGCGGCAGCAUGAACCCGAACUACGCGUCAUUGGUCGGUCUGUAGGAAGACUGGCGCUGCAGUGUAUUGGCAGCCUGCUCCGCAUGCACCUGCUCUCUGCCGCUGUUUUGCUGCCCCUCUGCAGCUCCUGGGGUAUUGCGGAGCCGCUAGCGCGCGUCCGAUUAGAUGAUCCCUUUCUUCUGCAGCAAUUGCAUCUGCCCGCGGGGGCGACACCCGCGAUCUACGGGUUGGAGUUCAGUGAAGUGAAAAUUCCCACGGAGGAGGCUGCUGUCUGGGGAUCCAUGGAGAGAAGCUGCCAGCGCGAGAUGCCUCAGCAAGAGGCGGCACCAACUGAUAUCCUUGCAGCGUUGCAGGAGAAGGCGGCUGUGGGGUCUGAACAGCAGCAGCAGCAAGAGCAACAGCAGCAGCAAGUCUUUCAGCAGCAGCAACUCCUCCAGAUGCAGCAACAGCAGCAGCAGCAACUACAACUAAGGGGAUGGUUGAUUCCUGCUGAGCAGAGCAGCAGCAAAAAGGCAAUUAUUUGCAUGCACGGAUGGCUAUCGAACCGCCAGGCCUGCCUACCCUUUGUGGAGGCUGCCAAAAACCUCAAGCUCCAUCGAGACCACCACAUUUUGUUGCUGGAUUUAAGGGGCAGCGGAGAUUCCCCUACUGUGCGCAGAGCAGUUGCUGCAGCGGCUGCGAGUGCAACACGGGAAGGUGCUCGAGGAGGCAGCAGCAGCAGCAGCAGCAGCUGCAGCAGCUGGCCUUUUGAGGGGGCAGUGUCGCAAUUGGCUGUGGAUGCGAGAGAGGAUCUGCGAGCGGCUGCGGCAGAGGGGGACUGGAUGAGGCAGCAAGGAGUGACUUUGCAGCAUGUGUUGCUGGAUUCCCCCAUAUGCAGCGCACGCUCGCUGCUGCAGCAGCAGCCGUCCAUCCGACGUCUCGCGCGUUCGGUGCUGCUGCUGUUUCAACACCUCGCUUGGGGGCUUGGCAGCCGAAAAUCGGCAGAGCUUCGCAGACUCCGCGCCUGUCUUUCCUUAGGAUCACUCGCGAGCAGCAUGACUACAAUUCUCGUCAGCAAAGAGGACAGGCUUCAAGCCUGGCCUUUGCUGCAGCAGGAGCUGCUGCUGCUCGAAGAAUGCAAGCGUCCAAAGGCUACCUUUUUGCUGAACAAAGGGGCUCACUGCCAGUUGGCGGCUGCCAAUGCGGAGGCGUUCGAGCAAGCAGUGUCGCAUGCGUUUGUGACUCCUAGUUUGCUGCAACGCCUGUGGCAGCGCAUGUGGCAACCUGGAGGCCCCUCUCCUCCGGAUGCGCAGCGCCUCAGUCCGAAAGAUUUUUCGGCUUUGAAGGAGGAGCAGCAAGAAGUGAGACUCCACGAGCAGCUGCAGCUGCAGCAAGAGAGGCAGGAGGAAGAGGAAGAGAUGCUUGAAUUAACAGAUACUCAGGAUGAGGCGGAUAUGUAG